AUGUCCUCCGAACCUCAUAAGAACGUCUUUCUACUUCCUCAAACCAACCAAUUACUGGGUUUAUACACCAUUAUUAGAGACCGGGACACUAAGAGACCUGAUUUUAUUUUUUACUCUGACAGAAUCAUUAGACUGUUAGUCGAAGAAGGUUUAAACCAUCUUCCUGUCACACCAAGAACCGUGGAAACAGCAACAAACCAGAUUUUCCGUGGUGUUUCAUUUCUAGGGAAGAUCUGUGGUGUAUCUAUCGUUAGAGCUGGUGAAUCAAUGGAGCAGGGCUUGAGGGAGUGCUGCAGAUCUGUCCGUAUCGGUAAAAUUUUGAUUCAAAGAGAUGAAGAGACCGCCCUCCCUAAGCUGUUCUAUGAAAAGCUUCCUGAUGACAUUGCCGAUAGAUACGUCUUCCUUUUGGACCCUAUGUUGGCUACCGGUGGAAGUGCGAUGAUGGCGACUGAUGUCUUGAUAAAGAGGGGUGUGAAGCCUGAAAGAAUUUUCUUCUUGAACUUGAUUUGCAGUCCAGAAGGUAUUGAAAACUAUCACAGCAAAUUCCCUAAUGUCAAAAUUGUUACUGGUGCUAUUGAUGCUUGUUUAGAUGAAAACAAGUACUUGGCGCCCGGUCUAGGUGACUUUGGAGAUAGAUAUUAUUGCAUCUAG